GCUUCCUCCUCUCGCACUCGCACUCUUCAGUCUUCACCCUUUUAAGCCUUCUUCAAUUUUCUCCUCUCUGUGUGUUUAAAUCUCUUUUUCUGAAAGGGAAGGGCCUAUUUUGUGUCUUCUUCCAUUUACAUUCCAAACCAAACAAAAAUCCUUAAAAAAAAUGCAUCCUGUUAAAUAUGGUGCCCAUCAUCUACAGCAACAGCUGUUAAUGGAUGAUGAUGGUUCUUCUUCUUCAGUUUUCUCCAUUUCCAAUCCUUAUCAUCAACAACAGCAAUCUGUUUUGCAUCCUAAUUACCCAUUACAUUUUCAACAACAACAGAAACAACACCAAACACUUUUCCAGCAACAUUCACUUCCUGUUACCCAUCAGCUUUUCCAACAUCAUCAUCAGCAUCAGUUUCAACCAUUUCAAGAACAAGCAGAGACUGUUCAUCAUCAUCAUGUCCAUCAACAACCCUUUUUGGCUGUCAAUUUCAAGUUGGGUCUUAAUGAAAAUAGUAGGAAAAAAGAGGUUGCUUUAGCAUUGAAUCAUCAAACAAAUGAUGCUACCUUUCUCCAUGGAAAUGAGCAACAUGUUCCAGAGAAUCGCCGGCCACAACAACAUUCCCUUUUGACACCCCAUUGUUGGCAUCCCCAAGAAGAUUCUCCCAUCAAAGAACCCUUUUGGAAGCCCCUAAACAGAUGUGAAGAUAGGCAGUGCAGUGGAGAUGAAGCUAGAGAGAUAGAGUGGAAUAAGUACAACAAGGUUUUGCAACAACCGGAUCAAUGUACAAGUGAGAGAAGCAAGAAUUUAGAAAACAGAUAUAGACUCUUUGGUGAGCUUGAAGCUAUUUAUGGCCUUGCAAAGGGAGGAGAAACUACUCGAGCUGGUUCUGGGUCUGCUCUCACGGGUGAAAAUUCACCUGCAAAUGUCGGUCUUUCCAUGCUCUUAACUGAAUUUCAAGGGCAUAAUGUAGGUGCCAAUGUUGGGUUUGGUAACGUUGCAACUGGGGUUGAUCAUGGAUCAGAAGCUUCUAUUGGAGAAGAAGCUUCACUAAGGAAGAUUCAAAAGAAGAAGAGGAAGAAGAAAAUGAAGGAGCAAUUGAGUUCAAUGGUUGGGUUUUUUGAGAGUUUGGUGAAGCAAGUGAUGGAUCAUCAAGAGGGUCUUCAUAGAAGGUUCUUGGAAGUGAUUGAAAGAAUGGAUAAAGAAAGGUCAGUGAAAGAAGAAUCAUGGAGUCGACAAGAGGCUGAAAAGCGUAAUAGAGAAGCCAUUGCAAGAGCACAUGAACAAGCUUUAGCUUCGAGUAGAGAAGCUUUUAUUGUUUCGUAUUUGGAGAAAAUUACAGGUCAAAGCAUCAAUCUCCCGGCAAGGGCUCCAUUGUUAAUGCAGCGAGAAAGUGCAAUCGAACCCUACAAUGAAAGCACGCCUGUGAAAGUUGAUAACAAUAGCAGGUGGCCUAGAGCUGAAGUUGAGGCCUUGAUUCAAGUGCGAUGUAACCUAGAAUCAAAGUUUCGAGAACCUGGAUUAAAGGGGCCUCUUUGGGAAGAGGUGAGCUCUUUCAUGGCUUCCCUUGGUUAUCAAAGAAGUGCCAAAAGGUGCAAAGAAAAAUGGGAGAACAUUAACAAGUAUUUCAGGAAGAGCAAAGAAAAUGUUAAGAAGCGCUCUCAGCAAUCUAAAACCUGCCCUUAUUUUGAUCAAUUGGAUCAGCUUUACUCAAGAAUACCCAUUACUUGUCCCACUUCGCCUACGCCUUUGAUUAACAGCUACAUUGAGAUGCAACAGCAAGAUGAUUCAAACUUUUUGGAAGCCUAUAUGCCUAAGAGAGACCUUGGGACUGCACAAGUUAAUGGUAGCGGGAACCUUAAAGUUUCUGAAAUGAACUUCCCGAAAUUGGAUUUUGAUGGCGCGGUUUGUGAGAAUAUAGUACAAGGAAGCAAUAGAAAGGACAAUGAAAGCCAUGGAAAUUACUUGAAUAAUGAGGGUGAGCGAGUAGAUGAUGAUAAUGAAAGUGAUGGGGAAGAAUGAGAAUUGUGGUGAACGAAAAGAAUAGAAUGCUAAAACUCGGUCUGC